AUGAAUAUCACUAUUGACGAUACCUCUCCUCAAUUCCAAUACGUUUCUAAGAAUGGGACAUGGCUGCAAGAUCACACGUCUGAUGAUCAAACCUCAAAAUAUUUUCAUCAGACCUUCUAUGCCACCCAUACCGAGGGAGAUUCAGCUUCUUUGACUUUCAACGGUACUUCCGUAGCGAUAUACGGGGCUCGUCGAUUCAAUCAUGGUUACUAUUCUGCCCAAUUGGAUGGAGGGACAAUAUCGUAUCAAAGUGGCUAUUCCGUCAAUCAAUCAAUUCAACAACUGUUGUUCCAGGCUGGAGGCUUAUCAGCCGAUACCGAACAUACCGUAGUACUCACAAAUACCCCAUCUAGGAACACCCAGGUACCAACCUCAGCAGACCAAGGGUGGUUCGAUAUUGAUUUCGCAGUGAUAACGACUUCUACGCAAGGCAAGGUAUUUACCACGUCCUAUGACGAUGGGUCUUCUGCCGUGCAGUAUUUUGGCUCAGGCUGGGCAGUGGGUAAUCCUAAUAAGCUGUACUACAAUACAACUGUACACGUCAGUGGUAGAGCCACCGAUCUGAUGCAACUCAAAUUCAACGGCUCAAGUAUUCAAGUGUUCGGAGGCCUGUACACCGACCAUGGAAAUUAUUCUAUUUCAAUCGACGACGGUCCUGAGAAACGAUAUAACGGAACUUUCUACAAACUCCAAUCACAAACACCUUUAUACACAUCGAGUCAUCUUUCAGAUGGUCCACAUACGCUCACAAUGGUCAACCUUGGUGGUACCAAGGGGAAUUACCUGGAUUUCGAUUAUGCCGUUGUCAACUCGACCGUUGAUCCCUCGGGCUCCACAGACAAUACAACCGGGACAAAUACCACUACUUCUACACCAGAAAGCGGUGGAUCAAGCUCAAGCUCCAGUAAUGUCGGUGCAAUAGCUGGAGGAGUCGUUGGUGGAGUAGUAGGACUCGCUCUCGUCCUUUUAUUAGCAUGGUUCCUGUUCAGACGGAAAAGGAGGAAUCACGAAGGACUACCAUAUCUGAUGAAAACGAAGGAACCAUUAGAUCUGAACGGAGAAGAAGUAAAACCAUUCCAGUACGGCGAAAACUACCAUCAACCCAUACCUUCCAGCUCAUCUUCCAAUGAAGGUGAAACUUUCUCUGGUUUUGCUCAACCUUCUCAUGGACUGAGUCCAGGUAGUGAUACGACGAGGGAGCAUAAUCAUUCGAAUACCCCUUUCUUGACCCAAUUGCCCCCGCCGCCACCAUCAAACGCUACUUCUUAUCCACAAUCUGAAAAUCCCCCAUCAAGUAUAGGUAGAUCACCCACAAUCAACGAAAGAAAUAACACUCAAGUUCCAUUCAGUCAAACCCCUUCCGCGGCUACUUUUGGACAUAGCCAAUCAACAACUCCCGGAAAUCAAGAAGGGUUAUCCCAAAGAGAAGGAGAGGUUGCACCACCCUUACCUGCGACUAGAAAUUCGGCUAAAUCCGCGGGAUUAGCAUUACCUUUUACAGCUCUACCGCCUAUGCCAUCUUCCCGUCUGUCCUUGUAUGAUGAUCCAACAACACCCACAACACCCACAGUACCCCAACCUUCAUUUGCUAGUCCCGAUAGGGAAAGGGCACCAUCUAUAACGUCCACAAGAAGGAUGUUUGUCGAAGGAAGAGAACAAGAUAUGGGUCCAUUGGGUUUACAUCAACAUGAGCCGGAAGACACGUUCGGACCUUUACCACCGGAUUAUCAACAAGCGACAGAACCGUUACCCGGACAAAGAAGGGACUGA